CAUUUGACAUUUACUCACUUCAGCAGUUUACCGGUAAUUUUGGCGCGUUUAUAGAUUUUUGUCAAUAGUUUAUUGAAUAGAUUCAGCUACAGUUCACGAUACUUACAUAAUUUAAAAAACGGAGAUAUGGGUCUCCUCGAACUUUGUGAAAAGUACUUCCAAACCACUAACUUAUACGAAGUUUUACAAAUUCCUGAAACUGCCUCAGACAAAGAAGUGAAGAAAGCAUACCACAAGUUGUCACUAAAAGUACAUCCCGACAGAGUUGAGGAAGAUGAAAAGCUGGAAGCAACUGAAAAAUUUAAAGUGUUGGGAAGUAUUCAUGAGAUCCUUACUGACAAAGACAAGAGAUCCAUUUAUGAUGAAACUAAAUCUGUAGAUGAUGAUGACUUUAAUGUCAUUGUCGACAGAGAUUGGGGUAUAUAUUGGCGAUGUUUGUUUAAAAAAAUUACUGAUGAAGAUAUCAGAGCUUAUGAGAAGGAAUAUGUUGGCUCGGAAGUAGAAAGACAAGAUAUCAAACAAGUCUAUUUGACAGCCAAAGGUGACAUGAAUUAUAUAGUUGACCACGUUCAAUUUGCAAGGACGGACCAAGAACCAAGAAUAAGAGAGAUUGUCAAUGAAAUGAUAAAAACUGGUGAAGUACCAGAGUAUAAAAUAUUUACUCACGAACCAGCCAGCCGCCGUCAAAAAAGAAUAGCAAAAGAGAAAAAAGAGGCAAAGCUGGCAGAAGAAAUGCAGAAGGAACUAAAUCUGAGCUCAGGGCCAAACAGCUUGGAAUUAACAAUAAAGCAGAAGCAAAAAGAAAGGGCUAACCAGAUUGAUUCCUUUAUUGAAAAUUUAGCUGCAAAAUAUGGAGGCGGCAGCAAAAAAACAGCAACUAAACGGAAAGGAACUCCUAAGACUGAAACAACAACCAAAAAUAAAAGAAGGAAAUAGAUCAACAAUAUUUUAAUAAAAAAUUAAAUUUUACAUUUCUUGUUUGAAACUAAAAUAAAUCUUGUAUUUUUAGUAAAUAUGCCAACAGUUAUAGUUCAUUUAGAAUGAAUUGUUUUUUGAACCAUCUCAUCACACUUGGAUGAAACAACACAAUUUGUCAAUUUCCUGUAAGAAAUAACAUGAACAAAAUGGAUAUCCAAUUACUAUAGUUAAUAUUGUUAAUGUAUAAAGUUGUUCUUGCCACACUUUGUGAGUUAAAUGUUUUGAAAUUGUUUGGCGUACAAAAGCCGAAAGUAAUGUUAAAACGAUAUUGACACAAUGCAUGUUUUAUUGACUUAAUUAGAUAAUUCAGUCUCCUUCUUCCAUUGCAACUUCCAACUGACUUUCAGAAUAAAAUGGACCUUGCUCUACAUAAGUAUGAAGUCGCCCAAUAAUAGUAGAAUCAAAUGCUGGUGAAUUGGCCAGCCUUUUAAUUAUAUCAUACUUAGCUUCAUUGGUCUCCUUUGUAUAAACUAUGGAACGAUCUAGAAGAAAUUCAAUGAAACCUGAAAUUGAUAUAAAAGUAUUCAUUAUUUUUUUAUAUGUUCUAUGUAUCUUAUAAUGCUCCACUAUUUAUUUUAUAAAAUAGAUCUUUAAGGUUUUUAGUGUUAAAUACAAAAUAAUUAAAAUAAAUUGAUUUUAAUUAAGGCCAAA